GAUAAAUAAAAGGCUAGGUGAAACAUGGCCUUACCAACCAACAGAUACUAUCUCUCCCUGUUAUCCUGGUGGACAGUGGUGCACCUGCUAGCUCUCACGAAGCACUACAUGUGUUGUUUCUACGAGCAUGGGCUCUCAAUAAGCCUAUUUUACUCCAUCUGUGAAGCAGAGGGGCUGCCUUCCACGCAAGAGGGCUGUGGCUAUUGCAGCGAACACUGCAUUCAGAAACAGUGUCAGAAGAAAACAGCAAUGGGUGAAGCUACCGGCACAUAAAACACCGGGAAGAUUGCUGUUCUCUCCUGUUGAUGUUGUACCUGACCAGGAGUAAGAUGCUGACUCCCAUUUUGCUGUUAUAGUGGAGAAAUAAAUCUGAGAUGCAGAAUGAAUACAAUUACUCUUAGCUGUUACCACAAGUUGUAGGAGGGUGGAAAAAAAAAAAAAACACCAGGAAGGGGGGCUAGUGGAGAAAGCAUUUAAUGCUGCUUAGGGAAUAUGAUGGAAUUUUGAACAGAUAUUGUUGCGGACUGACAGCAUGCCUGAUUGCACUUGAGUUGAAUCACUGAGAAGCAGCCUCAUGUUGUAUUGCACCGUUUUUAAGGCUGAAGGAAGAAUGAGAAAAUAGCAAUGGAGUUGUGCACAGUAUUUCUUCGUAAAAGGAAAAUAAUAUAAAGAUGGUGGUAUGUAAUCUGCUUUUUUUUUUUUAAGAAGAAAUUAAUCCAGACACUUCAAGAAGCCAUGCGCAAGAGAGUGAGAUUUUACAAGACAUACAAAAGACCUUCAGGAUUUGGUUUCUAACAAGCAGAUGUGGCAUUCUUAGUUGUAUUUUUGUUGUUGUUGUCUGGUUGGUUGGUUGUUUUUUCCUGUCAAAUGCUACCAGAGCAUCACUAGUUUACAUAUCUAGAGUCUCUGUUGAUUAAAUAUUGGCUGAUGAUCCUGUUGGAGAUACAAAUAUUUGUCUGGAGCAAAAAUUGUGUUUUGUGGAAACAGGUUAAUAUAAAUUACACUCCAUGGUUUCUGCCCAUCUAAAGAGCCUGAUCUCAUCUUAUAUAUAUAAGAUUUGCAAAGGAAUGUUUACAAAGAAAUUGGGAAAUAGUACAAAAAGGAAACAGAGUUGUCAGAGCAAAAAGGAUCAAGACUUAACUCAGAUUGGACAAACAAAGAAUCCAAAAUUUUCAAAUGCUUUAAAAAGCACUGUUAAAAAGAUUGCCAAGUGUCCAUCUGCUCGCAACUUAUCUACUGAAGAAGAGGAAAGUAACAGAGAAUUUUCACUUUCUCCAACAUUCAGUUACAGAGUUGCUAUUGCCAAUGGACUGCAAAAGCCUAUUUUUGUAACAAACAAUAACAAUGAAGAUAUAGUUCAAGAUCUGUCUUCAAAUGAUAGUUCGUAUUCUGAAUCAUUAAGUGAAGUAAGAACUAACAGCAAGAAAAACAAGUAUUUAUCACACACAAUGCCUGUGGGACGCAACAGAAAGAGUUUAAGCAGCCUUGCAGCAUCUGAGGGAAGUUCUGAUGGAGAACGCACUUUACACACACUAAAGCUGGGAGCUUUGCGAAAACUAAGGAAAUGGAAGAAGAGCCAAGAAUGUGUCUCAUCAGACUCAGAACUAAGUACAUGGAAGAAAACAUGGGGCUUAAGAAGUAAAUCUCUAGACAGAACUGGUCAUCACCAGAAAUCAAAUACCCUUGAACCUGGCUUCAGUUCAACAGGUUGUAUUAGUCAAACCCAUGAUGUUAUGGAGAUGAUCUUUAAAGAACUUCAGGGAAUAAGUCAAAUUGAAACUGAACUUUCUGAAUUAAGAGGGCAUGUAAAUGCCCUGAAACAAUCCAUUGAUGAAAUUUCUAGUAGUGUGGAAGUGGUACAAAAUGAAAUUGAACAAUUGAGAACUGGAUUUGUACAGUCCAGAAGAGAAACUCGAGACAUACAUGACUACAUUAAGCAGAUAGGCCAUCCGGGAAACAAAGCAAGUCUUAGGUUUCUAAAUGUGCCUGAAGAAAGGCUUGAAAAAACUGAAAACAUAGUUUACAAAAUAUUAAUAGAUAAAAUGGGGUUCUCAGAGGCACAAAGCACUAUUAAAAUUGAGUUUGCCCAAAGACUGGGGCAACAAAGAGACUGUCCAAAUGCAAAGCCAAGACCUGUUCUUGUUUACUUUGAGUCAUCACAACAGAGAGAUUUGAUUUUAAAAAAGUCUUAUAAACUUAAGGGAAGUGGCAUUGGAAUUUCUACAGACAUUUUUUCCCAUGACAUAAAAGAUAAAAAAGAAAGAGGAAUGCCUUCUUCACAGACAUAUGAGAGUAUGGAUAUAAAGCUUUUAACAAUGGAGACAAAAACUAAAAUGCAUGAUUGGGAGUCACCUGACAGUGAUAAAGACUUGGAAUCAGAUAUAAACAAGAACAGUUGCGCAAAGUUAUCUAAAUCAGCACUUCAAAUAAAAGCAGGCACGACAAAGGGGAGUACUGAGUCCCCAGAUAUUAAAGACCUUAAUAGAACUGGUGAUAAUAAUACCUUUGCAAACAGAAGAAAUUAUGACAAUCAGUCACCAGAAUUUGACAACAUGGAAAAGCAACCAAAGGCCUAUUAUUCAGACACGACUCCUCUAUGGCAUUUGCAGAAUGACUUUGCAACACCAAAACUUAGCCGUUCAGAGUCUGAUUUCUCAAAACUGUGUCAGUCCUACUCUGAGGAUUUUUCAGAAAAUCAGUAUUUUAACAAAAUGAAUGGCAGUUCACUGUUGUCUUCCUCAGAUCGAGAACUUUGGCAGCGAAGGCAAGAAGAUUCUGCCAACUGGUAUGGCAGUUCCCAGGAACAGACUUUUGUCCAAGGUACCCAACAGGACCCAGAACAAAAUGAAGUAGAGAACACAGAAUAUGUUGACAGUGGAGUAAGCAAUGGAAUAAUGUGUGCAUCUAGAGACAGAAGCCAUUAUAGCGAUUCUCAGCUUUCUUUACGUGAUGAUCUUUCACCAUGGAAAGACUGGAAUCAGUUGGAACAAGGGGCAGAUUUGGGCCUAGACUCAUCCACCCAAGAGGGUUUUGUGUAUGACAUGAGCAGUCCUUCAGAUCAACAGACAGAUUUUGGAAAGCGUCAAAGUUCUGAUCUCCAGUAUGACACUGAAAGCUAUGAUUUUACCCUUGAUGGAACUUCUCCAUCAUGUCCGGGCCUUGACAGUGAAUCACAAAGUCAGUGGACUGGUCAAUAUGAUGAUUAUCAGGAAACAAAUUCUAACUCCUCUUAUCAGAAUCAAAACAGAUUGCCUAUGAUGUACCGAAGUCAGAGUGAACUACCAAGUGAUGACUCAGAAGAAGCACCUCCUAAAUCAUGGCAUAGCCGAUUAAGCAUAGACCUUUCUGAUAAGACUUUCAGCUUUCCUAAACUUGGAUCUACACUUCAACGUGCUAAGUCAGCAUUAGAAGUAGUCUGGAAUAAAAGUACACAAAGUUUAAGUGGGUACGAAGACAGCGGAUCAUCUUUCAUGGGAAGGUUUAGGACUUUAUCUCAGUCUACUGCAAAUGAAUCAAGCACAACACUUGAUUCUGAUGUUUAUGCUGAGCCUUAUUACUAUAAAGCAGAGUAUGAGGAAGACUUAAUUGAACCACCUGGUGAGAAUGAAACAGACUAUGUUGAAGUAAUGGAACAAGUCCUUGCUAAACUAGAAAAUAGAAAUAAUAGUAGUGAAACGAGUGAGCAGGUACAAGAAUAUGAACUGGGACAGCCUUCAUGCGGAACUCCUUAUGCAGUACUUCCAGAGGAGCAAUAUGAUGGACAGUUUGACAGUUUAGUCAGUGAAGAGAUAUUGGAAGUUGAAACUGCCAUGGCUGCUCAUAUAGAAGUAAAGGAAGAUGAAAAUCAGAAUGUCCCAGAGAUGUUUACUGAAACUCCAAAGAAGAAAAUAAUACGACCGUCAUUCAAAGAAGCUGCUUUAAAAGCAUACAAGAAACGAAUGAAUGACUUGGAAGAGAAGAUCCUUUCUGGAGAUAGCAGUUCUGUGGAUGAAAAGGCUCAGAUAGUAAGUGGAAGUUCCUUGGAUACUUCCAAGCUUUAUGCAAUCCAGGCAUUUAGUGGAGCUGGCUGUGGGCUAUACGGAAUUGAUAGCAUGCCAGACCUGCGCAGAAAGAAAUCUUUUCCAAUUGUUCGAGAUGUGGCUAUGACACUUGCAGCUCGAAAAUCUGGUAUUUCCAUAGCCAUGCUCAUCCGGACCUCCAUAAACAAUGAAGAAAUGAAAAUACAUGUUUUCAAGAAGACAUUGCAGGCUUUGAUCUAUCCAAUAUCAUCAACUACACCCCAUAACUUUGAAGUUUGGACAGCUACAACUCCUACAUACUGUUAUGAAUGUGAAGGUCUACUUUGGGGCAUAGCAAGGCAAGGCAUGAGAUGUACCGAAUGUGGUGUUAAAUGUCAUGAGAAGUGCCAAGACCUUCUAAAUGCUGACUGUUUGCAGAGAGCUGCUGAAAAAAGUUCCAAACAUGGUGCAGAAGAUAAAACACAGAACAUUAUUAGUGCUAUGAAGGAAAGAAUGAAGAUCAGAGAAAAAAAUAGACCAGAGGUGUUUGAAGUGAUCCAGGAAAUGUUUGAUAUUUCCAAAGAAGAUUUUGUACAAUAUACAAAGGCAGCAAAACAAAGUGUUUUAGAUGGGACAUCCAAAUGGUCAGCAAAAAUAACCAUCACAGUGCUUUGCGCUCAGGGCUUACAAGCUAAGGACAAAACUGGCUCAAGUGACCCCUAUGUUACCGUGCAAGUUGGCAAAAAUAAGCGGAGAACAAAGACUAUUUUUGGAAACUUGAAUCCAGUAUGGGAUGAGAAAUUCUAUUUUGAAUGCCAUAACUCUACAGAUAGAAUAAAAGUGAGAGUAUGGGAUGAAGAUGAUGACAUCAAGUCUAGAGUAAAACAACAUUUCAAAAAGGAAUCAGAUGACUUCCUUGGGCAAACAAUAAUUGAAGUAAGAACACUGAGUGGAGAAAUGGAUGUAUGGUAUAAUUUAGAAAAACGUACAGAUAAAUCUGCUGUCUCUGGUGCUAUAAGAUUGAAAAUCAGUGUUGAAAUAAAAGGAGAGGAGAAAGUUGCUCCCUACCAUGUGCAGUACACCUGUUUACAUGAGAAUCUAUUCCAUUACUUGACGGAAGUUAAAGGUCAUGGUGUUGUAAAAAUCCCUGAAGUGAGAGGUGAUGAAGCCUGGAAGGUGUAUUUUGAUGAUGCUGCACAAGAAAUUGUAGAUGAAUUUGCAAUGCGUUAUGGAAUUGAAUAUAUUUAUCAAGCUAUGACGCACUUUUCCUGUCUGUCUUCUAAAUAUAUGUGCCCUGGUGUUCCAGCAGUUAUGAGUACAUUGUUGGCCAAUAUAAAUGCUUUCUAUGCUCAUACUACAGCAACAACUAAUGUAUCUGCCUCAGAUAGGUUUGCAGCUACUAACUUUGGGAGGGAAAAGUUCAUAAAACUUCUGGAUCAAUUGCACAAUUCGCUGAGGAUUGAUUUAUCUAAAUACAGGGAUAACUUCCCUGCCAGCAAUUCUGAAAGACUUCAAGAUCUGAAAUCAACUGUGGACCUGCUUACCAGCAUUACUUUUUUUCGAAUGAAGGUCCUUGAAUUACAGAGCCCACCUCGAGCCAGUACCGUGGUGAAAGAUUGUGUAACAGCCUGCCUGGACUCAACUUAUAAAUACAUUUUUGACAACUGCUAUGAUCUUUACUUCCAGUUAGUGGACCAGGGUAAGAAACAAGAAGUUCCUAAAGAAGAACAGGGACCAACAACAAAGAAUUUAGAUUUCUGGGCACAGCUUAUUACUCUGAUGGUCACCAUCAUAGAUGAAGAUAAAACUGCAUAUACACCUGUCUUGAACCAGUUCCCUCAAGAGCUGAACAUGGGGAAAAUCAGUGCUGAAAUCAUGUGGACUCUGUUUGCCCAGGACAUGAAAUAUGCUCUUGAAGAACAUGAAAAGCAGCGGUUAUGCAAGAGCACGGAUUACAUGAAUUUGCACUUCAAAGUGAAAUGGUUUUAUAAUGAGUAUGUGCGAGAGCUCCAUGCUUUCAAGGAUGCAGUGCCUGAAUACUCUCUGUGGUUUGAACCAUUUGUCAUUCAGUGGCUGGAUGAAAAUGAGGAUGUCUCAAUGGAGUAUCUUCAUGGAGCACUAGAAAGGGACAAAAAAGAUGGGUUUCAGCAAACAUCAGAUCAUGCCCUUUUUUCUUGUUCUGUGGUUGACGUCUUCACGCAGCUCAAUCAAAGCUUUGAGAUUAUCAGGAAACUGGAAUGUCCUAAUCCAGAAGCACUAUCUCAUUUAAUGAGAAGAUUUGCAAAGACUAUCAACAAGGUGCUGCUUCAGUAUGCUGCAAUUAUUUCAAAUUACUUCAGCUCAUAUUGUGAUAAAGAAAAUGUGCCCUGUAUCUUGAUGAACAACAUUCAACAGUUACGAGUCCAGCUUGAGAAAAUGUUUGAGUCCAUGGGAGGGAAGGAGAAGAAAGAAGGAGAGAGAUUCUCUUAUGAGUUGGAUCCUGAAGCUAGUGUUGUUCUAAAAGAACUCCAAGUGAAACUUAGUAAUGUACUGGAUGAACUCAGUGUAACAUAUGCCACAAGUUUCCAAUUUAUUAUUGAAGGUUGUGUAAGACAAAUGAACUCUGAACUCAAUCAAAUGAGAGGAAAUGGGAACACAGUGGCCAAUAAGAACAGUGCAGCCAUUGAUGCAGAGAUUGUGCUUCGGCCGCUCAUGGAUUUCCUGGAUAAAACUUUAAGCCUCUCUGCAAAAAUCUGUGAGAAGACAGUGCUGAAACGGGUUUUAAAAGAGCUUUGGAAGUUAGUCUUGAACAAAAUAGAAAAACAAAUUGUGCUUCCACCACUGACCGACCAAACCGGGCCUCAAAUGAUAUUCAGUGCAGCCAAAGAUCUUGGACAACUGUCAAAACUCAAGGACCACGUGAUUCGAGAGGAUGCUAGAAAUCUGAGCCUGAGGCAGUGUGCAAUAAUGGAAGUAGCACUAGCUACUAUUAAGCAAUACUUCCAUGCUGGAGGAAGCGGGCUGAAAAAGAACUUCCUGGAAAAGAGCCCAGACCUACAGUCCCUAAGAUACGCUCUUAGUCUUUACACACAAACUACUGAUGCCUUGAUAAAGAAAUUUAUAGACACUCAAACGUCUCAAAGUGCUAAAUGAGGAAGAAAUCAAAUCCUAAAUGCUUUGAACUUUUGGUCCACUGAGGAGCAACCAUCUUAGGAUGGAGAAAGUAUUUUUUUCUCUCUUAGAGUUUUGUUUGUAACAGAGUGACCACAGUCUAAAUGUAGGUGAUCACUUAGAAACCCAGCUGGGAGAGGACGUCGUCUUUUGCUUCACAUAAAUUAGCUAGCAAAUAAAAUCUAAAGCGUAGUUUGGAGUUGGAGCAGUAGUAGGCAAGCAAACAUAAGGAUUUCCAACAAACAAUUAUUUGUACAUUUGUUAAAUUUCUAGUGAGUUAAGUUACAGUACUAAAGGAAGAAAAGUGCAAUCUUCUGCAGUACAGGGCUAGAUAUUUUUUGUCCAUUAAAUUGACUUGCUUGUAGGUGAAAAGGACCUUUCCAUAGCGCACUCAGGAUCACUAAUUCACACUGUGACUUUACAAGGAGUGGUAGCAAGAAAGAAAAUAAAACAGCAGAGAUAGAUCUGAGAUUUUAGAAUGAAGUAUAGCUCUUGAACAUCAACAAAAGCUGAUAUAAGCAAAUACUGAAUGUUCUAGAAUCGUACCUCUAGUGUGUUCAGCAGGUCAGUGAGAGAGGGAAAGAGAGAAACCAGAUGCAAGAUGGAUGUGCUGGUAAACUAAAGGAAACAAAGCUUGUAUUCUAGACUCCACUAGAAGGUGUCUCUACCAGCUAAGAUGUUCUGCUGAAGGACUUUUCCUCAGCAAUAGUGUCAUUUUAAUAUCAGCUGUUUUCAGUAUAAAACUGCACAACAUUUUACACAGGUUUCUUUACAACCAUAUCAAACAGCACUAUACACACAGGACUAAUCCCACUAUGUGUUUGCAGUAUUGCUUACAAUGCUGUUGUGAAUUAUAGACUGCUAAGAAAAGAAAAAGAUCAGUUAGGAGACCUUUGCAAGGAAACACUUUGUGCAGUUAAAAAAAAAAAAGAAAAAGAAAAAAAAAUGAAAAAAAAAAAUGAGGAGUUUGAGAAACAGAAUAAGACCUCUCUCAAAUUCACAGGUUUUGUCUCAGUAACAUCUAAGGAGUCAUUAUUACAGGUUAACAUCCUGCUAUGUUUCAGCCAUAAUAGAAAUGCUAAUCAUUUUCUUCUAAAACAUUCCUGAUUUCUCCAAAUAGAGUUUUGCUUUUUGGUUUUUAAGCUAGAGGCUAAAUCAAGUAAUUGACACUCGCUGAUACUUUCAGUGAUACUCAGGAUGAGCCUGACUCACGUUCCACUGCAGCCAGUAGUAAAUUAUUAUUGAGUGGGAAAGUGUUUGAUGACUUCACAUACUUCCUCUUUGUAUGUUUGGUUAAUCCUAUCCAUUCAAAGUUCCCAAGCUUUAGGGUAUGUUGCAAACUCACGGUUCUCUUCUCCUGCCCAGCUUGGCAGCAAAAGCUUUUUAAUCAGAAGAACAAAAGAUUAAUGUCUUACAGGUACGGUAUGAUUAACUCAGACUUUACAGCUGACGAUGGCUACAUAUGGUAUCAAAAGUGUCGUACAUAAAAAAAGUCCAACACCAAAAAAGGGAACCUGUUAAGGUUGAACUGUGUGCAGUGUGUAACAAUAUAAAAACAUGGCAUUUCGCAACAGGAUACAAGACAAUGGUCGAGAAGCUCUAGUCUCUACUCUCUCUGAUUUCCUUUACAGCAUCAGAUAACUGCCGAAUAUGACCUAUAUGUAAAUAUAUAUGUAUGUAUAUGCUAUUGUAGUACCAGCAUUGAUAUACUGCCUUCUGAAUUUUAGAUUUAAAAAAAGAUAUUUUCUUCAUUUAAUUCAAGUUAAUGAAUCCAAAUAACUAUAAGGGAAGAUGUUGGCAGUUUUCACACAAGUCUGCAAGCUGGCUUAAAUGUAACUCAUUAAAAACACCACAUUGUGUAUAAUGAAAAUGACUUCAUUUAAAAGAAUUCAUCUUGUUUUUCUGGACAGAAUAAUUUUACAAAAGCACUUUGCACUCCAAAUAUAUAUAUAUAUAUUUUUUUUUUUUUAAUAGAGAAAUAAAGUUUCAUUCAGGAAAAAAAACUAUAUUAUACUAUGCUACUCACAGAUACAAUUUCUAAAGAUACUGUGGUUGCAAGAGAAAAGAAAAAGAAAUCAUGGGUAACUACAUCACCUAGACAAAUGAGAAUCUCCUUCCACUUCCUAAACAAAGGCUAAUUCUACUGGACAGUCAGAUAAAUACAUUGUAUUACUCUUCUAAAAAAAUGGCAGUUCUACUGAUUUUAUUUAGGUUUUCUAACCCAUGGAAUUCCUGUCUUUUUAUGCACGUUCAUAAGAACAAUGUAUAGGUUAAUUAUUUUGAACAAGAUGUAGAGUGAUUCAGCAAUGUAAUCAAAUCAGAGGCUCAGUCCAGUACAGCUUUCUCUACAGAAUUAUCCAAAUACAACAUGGAGUUUAACAGCUACCACUGAAACUAAACUUCUUGCCAUUAGAAACCCAAUGUGUAACAAAGUGCCUAUUUACACACUGUAAGAGGUCCAAACCAUCUGAUUGAUACUAGAAUACAUCUAGCAGUAAAAUUUGUACACGUACCCUGCAAUUCAGGAAUAGCAGCUAUAACCAGAUUAAGACACUAGAUUGUAUGUUUUUACCAAAACACUAGUGACUAUGAUCAUUUUCCUCACUACAUUUACACAUGACACCCUAUUUCAUUGUACCCCUCCCUUAAUUCCUGAACAGGCUGCCAGAGAACUUCUAAAGGAAUAUUUGCUUCUCCUCACAUAAAGAUUAAGGGGAACCAGUGCACAAGGAAUUUAUGUGCAAGUAGAAAGAUGGUAGAAUCUUUCCUCUGUGAACCCAAAGAAAUGAUUGCCAGUUAUACAGGGGUAAUAAUUUGCCUUACUAUAUGGUUCAUGGAGAUUAGAAUGGAAAGCAAAUGCACAGGUCACAGAGUUAACAUUCACAGCCGCCCAAUUAAAGAACAAGCAAACAUAUCCAGUUUUGUUUAUAUUGUAGUGUUAUAAUCUGACAUAUUAAUAGACAUACAUGAAUACAUUUGAAUACCUUUGAAUACAUACUGAGAGUUACUUUUAGAGAACCAUUAUGUGCAAAUUGGCUUAGAAACAUCACGGGUGCUCAGAAGCAGAAACUUUCAAAACUAAGUUCCUGGCUCCUCUGCCAUCCCUGUAGCCUUCCUCUUUUUUUUUUUUUUUUUUUAAGCCUCUGUGCCAGUGCAGAACUUUAGGAGUUUGUUCAUAGACUUAACACGAGCUUACUCCCAUCAAGGGAUUCAUCAAUAGCAAUACACAAAUAACUUCCCAAGAUUUGGGGGUGUGCAUGUAAGCAGUUUGAUAAAAGCACCAUUUUUCUGUAUUUCAGGAUGCACACACAGCUGAUGGCAACCAGAAUGGAAGGUUUCUAAAGAAAAGCUUUUUUUUGUUUUACUGAGGCACUUCAUAUAAACACUUGCAACUGCUAGGUACUUUUUUGGCAAAAUCACUUAUAAACCAAUAACUGAUUCCCGUCUGAAUAUGAAAUGCAUGUCAGCAAUUUCUAAGUGUUUCUUACAGAGAAUACCACUCACCUUUCACUUUCUAUUUCUCUUGAUGUAUUGAGAAGCCAAGUGUGUUAACCUAUUAAUCAUUA